AUGGCGCCUGAUGUCAAUUCCAAGCGGUGCAGGAGCAAACAACCUCCUACCACCCUAAACUCGUGCUGGGUCGACGACCUCCUCAGCUCCAAUUCCACGGUGGGAUUAUCCCAAGAAAACGGAGACGGCCCAGGCAUUGAGAACACCAAGACCACCGAGAAGAUGGGCUCCUAUUUCCGCGACGCCUUCUACAACCACUCUAACGAGCCGAGGCAACAAGGUGAUAACAAGACCGACGGUGACGGCGAAAGUGAACGCGAAAGCGAAAGCAACCGCCUCGAUGGCGACGCCAUCCUCCCAGAGCUGAUCAAGCUCACCAUCGCCCAGCAACGCAUGAUCCUCUCCCUGCGCGACGCCAACAAGGAGGCCGACGUGCAGCUCCGAAUCAACAACGCUCGUCUCGACCUUGUCGAGGAGGAACUCAGUCUUAUGCGCAGUAGCCUUGCCGAGCAGGCCCACCCCAGCCUGUUCUCGGGAGUCCGCAUGAAUAGCAACUUCGGAGGCACAGGGCGCGACAUAGCUGGUGACUACGUUCCCGCCUUCGACCUGAGCGACAUUGCUGCCACACUUGCGGCUGGGCCAGGCCCUGUGGACUAUUGUUUUCGUCCCAGACACUUGUCUCGUGACAGUAGCCCCAGCUCAAGAUCUUCCAAGCAGCGCAACCCCCGACCCGAACGUGAGGAGCACGUCAAGCGCACCAGGAUAUCGUACGAUGGUGUGGGUGGCCAAGAUCCCAAGAUCCCCCCAUCGACCUACGUAUUCUCCUCCGCAACCCACGCCCACGAGUGGUCCAUCACUGUCACGGACGAUGCUUCAUUGUCCGAGGUAGUCGAGCUGGACUUUCCGAGAGAGUCCAGCACGGAUACUGUACCCGACCUCGGAGUCCUGCCUCAGCCUUCUUUGCUCAGCAAGCUGUGUGGCAAGAUGGCGAGGCUGCUCCUCGGAACGUGA